AUGGAAAUUGACAUAAAUGGAGAGUCCAGAACUACCUUAUCCACCCUCCCUGUGCCUCUUCCAGAGGUGAGUCCUGUGGGCAGGAUGGAAACAGAGAAGCCCCGCUGUUCCAGUACCCCCUGCUCACCAAUGCGACGGACAGUUGCGGGAUAUCAGAUCCUUCACAUGGAUUCUAACUACCUGGUUGGCUUCACGACCGGAGAAGAGCUGCUAAAAUUAGCCCAGAAGUGUACAGGAAGUGAAGAGAAUAAAGGGGAAUCUGGGCCAAACUUAUGCUCCAGACAGCUUGAUUCAGGACUUACACGUUCCUCCCGUUUGUACAAAACUAGAAGUAGGUACUAUCAGCCAUAUGAGAUCCCAGCAGUUAGUGGAAGGAGGAGGAGACGGAUGCCUAGCUCAGGGGAUAAAUACACUAAGGUUUUACCAUAUGAACCUUACAAGGCACUUCAUGGUCCCCUGCCGCUUUGCCUUUUAAAAGGUAAAAGGGCUCAUUCAAAAUCCUUGGACUACCUCAAUUUAGACAAAAUGAGCAUUAAGGAACCUGCUGACACAGAAGUGCUACAGUACCAACUCCAACACCUUACCCUUAGAGGGGAUCGUAUGUUUGCAAGAAAUAACACAUGA